UUUUGUUUUUGCUUUCUUCCGGUAAUAUAGAAUCGAUGCAUUGUCCGCGAGGAAUAUAAAAAUAGAACACAACGCUUGGAGUGUAUAAAUAAACAUAUACGAUGGAGUGAAAUGUGCUGCUUUCACAUAUGAAACUUAUAGUACUGGCAUGGUGGGCGUGGCUGUAUGUCGAGAUUUUACAACAAAUUGUUUCGCGACUCAUGUGACCUAAUAACAAGAAGAAAGAAAAUAAUAGUACUCUGUGACAGAAUUUGUGUGUUGGAGUUAUGAGAAGACGUCGACGAAUAGAGACCAUGUUUAGAGAUUUAAUCCUGAGUGUCUUGGUCGGCUUUGUCACGGGCUUCAUCACAACUCAAACCCUCAUGUUGUUCCUAUGGAAACACCACGCCCUCGCAUGCAAAUUAGCAUACUCCAGACACCACCAGCCACACGACAUGAUUGGUCGCUUUCGCGGCCUCCACUCAGAAACGACCAAUAAGAAGCUGCUAUUUGUGGGCGUCAUGACAACGAGAAAUAAUCUGGAAACGAAAGCCAGGGCUAUUUUCGACACCUGGGGACAGCACGUGCCGGGGAGACUGGUGUUCUUCGUGGGAACAGGAGAUAGAGUUGCGUCCCCUCUCCCCGUGAUCGAGCUGAGCGACGUCGCCGAUGAUGGCUACCCUCCGAGAGAGAAGUCCUUCGCGAUGUUGAAGCACAUGCACCAGAACCACGGCAACUACUACGAGUGGUUCAUGCGCACCGACGACGACGUCUACGUCCAGACCGACCUACUGGAGACCUUCCUCAGCUCCAUCAACAGCUCCGGCGACGUCUACAUGGGACAUCCGGGGACCGGCACCCCGUACGAGGUCGGUCGGCUGGGACUGGAGACGAAUCGUCCGUAUUGCAUGGGCGGACCGGGAGUUGUCUUCUCCGGAAACACUCUCCGGAAGCUGUCAGGACAUCUGUGGGCUUGUCUGAACGAAACCGUGACGUCACACGAGGAUUCCGAGCUGGGACGGUGUGUGCGCCGCCAUGUUGGGUUGUCGUGUACGUCAUCAAAACAGUUCUGCGAUCUGUUUUACCAAAACUACAAGGACAAGACUGGGGCUUGGACAACAGGUUUGAACCGCCACCUUUCAGACUCGCUGACUUUCCACCCCAUAAAAGAAACUCAAUACCUGUACAACCUGAGAAUACACCUGGACGGUCGCCGACUGAGGGAGACACAGUUAAAACACGAACAUUUCAAAUCGGCCAUCAGAACCCUGGAAAACAGCAUCCAGGCUGUGGCCGCGGUACUCGUGGAAGACUCCCCAAACAACUGCUCCUCUGUUCCGUGUGACCUAGAUUCCGGCCAGCCCUGGGAGUGUAUACACGCGUAUGACGUUCACUCCUUGGAUUAUCCCAAUCUCAAAGAAUCUGUUCUCCACAGGGGAAGGAUUAUCAGCUUGGCUAACGCAAAACAUGCGCUGUACACCUACCUCAAACGUGUGCAGAUGAGACAGCGUCUGCGAUUGGCUAAGGUCGCGUACCAGAGACUAUCAGCUGACAGGGGGCUCGAGCACGUGAUCGUUAUUUAUGACGCCCAAUUAAGAUAUUACGCGUUUAGGACAGUGGAAACGUUUAAUCCAGUUCAAAUUCGCGAAGAGCCGUUAAUCAAACAUUUUAAUCCCAACUUCAGUAUUUAGCAAUUAAAAAAAUAUAUAUAUGGA